AUGCGGUAUUAUCUGCAAGUGUUAGGUGUCGACUCGGUCGAUACAAGCCCAACUGUGCUCGUGCACUUCGACUCCCAGCGGUAUCUAUUCAAUUGCGGAGAGGGGACGCAGCGGUUCUGUCACGAACAUAAAGUGCGUCUGAGCAAAGUCCAGAAUGUGUUCUUCACUCGUGUCGCGUGGGAUUGUAUCGGUGGCCUACCUGGGAUGCUGUUGACACUGGCGGACGCAGGGACUGAUUCGCUUUGCUUACAUGGCCCGAGGAAUAUGACGCAUGCCAUGGCCUCCACCCGUCACUUCAUCUACAGAGAAGCUGUUGAUGUCACCGUUGUAGAGUACAUAGAAGCCCAACAGACAUACCAGGAUGAGAACUUGACGAUCUUCCCAGUCCAAAUCAAGCCGGAAUUGGUCGAGACGCGAGCUACUUUCGCAUCAGACGCAUCAGUCGCGGACGUUGCUGCGUCCGUGAAUCGGAAAAGGAAGAGCGAGGAUGAACUCAAUGACUAUGCAGCGAGAAGAGCCGUUUUGCAGAAAAUGUUUCCUGGAGGUCGGGGAUCGCAUCCCCUCUCAUCCCUCCCGGAACCGGCUCGGGAACCCCCCGUCUCAGCUCCCGUGCAUAUGGAGUUCCCCGCUGGGCCGGGACAGGAGGCUUACAUACAGCCGGUAGUUGAGAACACCCCCGGACAGGAGCCACAUACUGAGAUUGGGCGAGUGAAAGCGGCACGAUUACCAAGAACCAGGGAAGAUCCCACGAUUCUCGCUUAUAUCUGUCGGGGUCCGAAAGUCCCCGGCAAGUUCAAUGCAAAGGCUGCUAUAGCUUUGGGUGUCAAGCCAGGGCCAGAUUGUGGUCGACUUGCGAGAGGCGAAUCAGUUACCCUGGCGAAUGGGACGACGGUGGUUCCAGAUCAGGUGCUAGGCGAAGAAAAGCCAGGGGCCGUGUUCGUGAUUGUAGAGUGUCCGAGCAUAUCAUACAUCUCGCCAAUAGCGACGUCGCCGCAGCUUCAGGACAUACAAGGCGGCAAGGCACCGGUACGCUGUGUCGUGCAUAUCCUAGGACCGGGUGUUUUGGACGAUAUUCGCUACAAGAAUUGGAUGAAAAAGUUCAGCGAGAACACGCAGCAUAUCGUCAUAAGUCGCAAGCACAAUCCGGCCAGUGUUACAACUGUGUCCGCAGGGAAGCUACAAUAUCGGCUGAACAUGCUGGAUAACGAAAUCUUCCCGUUGCCGUAUAUCCCCGGUAUACCGAAAAAUGUCAUCGCUGCCGCUCCUUUAACGAACUACAUCCUCGAGCCGGCGCCUAAGCUGGAUUUCAGUGAAUGUUUGAAACCGCUUGACUUUCCUCACAUUCAAGCACAAGCAAAAAAACAGCUGGAGGGCUACAUCCUAAGCGAUGGAAACGAAAAUGGUGCAAGUAGGAAUGAAGAUGAAGAAGGCGUGUCUGUGAUCCCUUUGGGAACGGGCUCUGCUAUCCCUGGGAAGUACAGGAACGUGAGUUCCACACUCAUCAAACUGCCCGAGGGAAACAUUUUACUGGACGGCGGCGAAGGCACCCUUGGUCAGCUUUACCGGCACUUUGGUCCUGAUGGGUUGGACACGGAGAUUGGCAAGUUGCGGCUGAUCUUUCUCUCGCACUUGCAUGCCGAUCACCAUCUGGGACUCAUUAGAAUCAUCAAGCAUUGGUUUGAGCUUCGAGAUCGAGGCCACCCAUCGCCACUGAUUAUCAUUGCCCCAUAUCGCUUCAACGAGUUUCUGGAAGAGUACGGGGAUUGCGAAGAUUUCGGCGGAGGCCAUGUAAGCAUGGUCAAUUCUGAGCUCUUGAGGUGGAAUAGGGAAACGGGCGAAGUCUUCAUUGGGGAGGAGAACUCGGCGAUUCAACGCCUCAAAGAGAUCCUCCACCUUCAGUCUGUUGCCACAGUGGGGGUCCACCAUUGUCCAAUGGCAUAUGGUCUGGUCCUGAAGACCCACGCUGGUUGUAAACUCGUGUUUUCCGGCGACUGCCGUCCAUCCGAGGAUCUGGUGGAAGCUGGCAAAGAUGCGACAAUCUGUGUCCAUGAAGCAACCCUCGAAGAUGGGAUGCAGAAAGAAGCCGAGGAGAAGAGGCAUUGUACGACCGGCGAAGCUCUUGAUGUUGGGAAAAGAAUGCGUGUCCGGCACCUCCUCCUCACGCACUUUUCGCAAAGGUAUCCCAAAAUCCCCGUACUGCCAAAUUGGACGUUAUCCAACGGCAAAAGCCAGGAGAAUCGAGCUCCGGCCAUGAACGUGGGAAUCGCCUACGAUCUGAUGCGCGUGGACUUGGACAAGUUCCAUAGAUUGCCCAAACUGCUACCGGGGCUCCAGAAGCUGUUCCCCAGCGACGGUACUGAGGACGGUGACGAUUCUGCGUCUCUCAGGUCCUCGUGA